CAUCAAACUAUUUAAAUAGCACUUUGUCCCCCUCGGCUUAAAAGGGAGUUUUUAAGCAGCCGAUACCAGCAAGGACACGUUUCAAUCAAGAGAGAAAAUACACGCAAGAUUUUUAUUAUUUGUCUUCUUUGCGCUGUGGAGAUUUUUAUUUUUGAAUAAGUCACUCUUGAGGAUUAUUGCUGGAAUUUUAAAUAUAUUUUUUGCGGGAUUUUAUUGCUUUUGCUCUGCUGUUGUUGUUAAGCAGGCAGCAGCAGGUUGGUGCUUCACCAUGAAGUUGACAGGGAUAUUUUUGCUAUUGAUGCUUUGGAGCUGCGAGAGCGCGCGAGUCGCAGAGAGCCGAGACGACAACAGCGUGUAUGACUUGUUCGAGCUCGUCCAAGUCCCGAAGAAGAGCCAAGCGGUCACCAUGGUGAAGGGAGACGACCCGUACAGCCCCGCCUACAAGAUCCUCAUGCCGGACCUGAUCCCCCCGGUCCCCGAGAGCGCCUUUAGGGACCUGAUCGACUCCAUCCAUGCCGAGAAGGGCUUCCUCCUCCUGCUCAACUUCAAGCAGUUCAAACGGACCAGGGGCAGCCUCCUGACCGUGGAGAAGCGGGACGGCUCCGGACCCGUGUUCGAGAUCGUCUCCAACGGCAAAGCCAACACCUUGGACAUAGUUUACUCCACCGAGAACAAGCAGCAGGUGGUUUCCAUUGAAGAUGUGGACCUGGCGACGGGCCACUGGAAGAAUAUCACGCUGUUCGUGCAGGAGGACCAGGCGCAGCUGUACGCAGGAUGCGAGGAGGUGAACACAGCCGAGAUGGAUGCGCCCAUCACCAGCAUCCUGACGCAGGAGACCCCGGGCAGCGCGCAGCUCAGGAUCGGGAAGGGAGCCGUGAAGGACAGGUUCAUGGGGGUCCUGCAAAACGUGCGGUUUGUGUUUGGAACAUCUCUGGAUGCCAUCCUCCGCAACAAAGGAUGCCAAAGCUCCAUGACGACUGACUCCAUGAUCCUGCAGAACCUUAACGGCUCCUCAGCCAUCAGGACAGAGUACACUGGACACAAGACGAAAGACCUGCAGAUGGUCUGUGGCUUCUCCUGUGAAGACCUGGUCAGCAUGUUUAAGGAGCUGAAGGGCCUCGGAGUAGUGGUCAAGGAGCUGUCCAAUGAACUCCGUAAGCUGACGGAUGAGAACAAGCUGAUAAUGACCCGCAUCGGCAUUCACAGUGGCGUCUGCAUCCACAACGGCGUUGUGCGCAAGAACAGAGAGGAGUGGACUGUGGACGACUGCACCGAGUGCACCUGUCAGAACUCUGCUACUGUGUGCCGCAAGAUCUCCUGCCCCCUGAUCCCCUGUGCUAAUGCUACUGUUCCUGAUGGAGAGUGCUGCCCACGCUGUGGAACACCGAGCGACUAUGCAGAGGACGGCUGGUCGCCGUGGUCUGAAUGGACCCAUUGUUCCGUGUCAUGUGGGCGGGGCAUCCAGCAGCGUGGGCGCUCUUGCGACCGUAUCAAUAACAACUGCGAGGGCACCUCUGUGCAGACCCGCGACUGCUACCUCCAGGAGUGUGACAAGCGAUUCAAGCAGGACGGCAACUGGAGCCACUGGUCACCCUGGUCAUCCUGCUCUGUCACCUGUGGUGCUGGUGUCAUCACCCGUAUCCGCCUCUGCAACUCCCCCACCCCUCAGCUUGGAGGCAAAGACUGCGAGGGAGAGGGCCGGCAAACAGAGAAGUGCCAGAAGUCUCCAUGCCCCAUCAAUGGCAACUGGGGACCCUGGUCACCAUGGGACACCUGCAGUCUCACCUGUGGAGGUGGUGUCCAGCAUCGUAAACGUCUGUGCAAUGACCCUGCACCAAAAUAUGGUGGCAAAGAGUGUGUUGGUAAUGCCAAAGACACCCAGAUGUGCAACAAGAAAGCCUGCCCAGUUGAUGGCUGCCUGUCUAACCCCUGCUUUGCCGGCGCCAAGUGCACCAGUUUCCCUGACGGUUCCUGGAAGUGUGGAAAGUGCCCAGCUGGCUACACUGGCAAUGGGAUCAAGUGUAAAGAUGUUGAUGAGUGUAAGGAGGUUCCAGAUGCCUGCUUUGAGUUCAAUGGUGUGCACCGCUGUGAGAACACAGAUCCUGGCUACAACUGUCUGCCCUGCCCUCCUCGCUACUCAGGACCCCAGCCAUUUGGCAGAGGUGUGGAGCAGGCUGCUGCUAAGAAACAGGUAUGCACGCCCCGUAAUCCCUGCCUCGAUGGAAGCCACGACUGCAACAAAAACGCCCGCUGUAACUACCUUGGACACUUUGCCGAUCCCAUGUACCGCUGCGAGUGCAAGCCCGGCUACGCUGGCAACGGCCACAUCUGCGGAGAGGACACAGAUCUUGAUGGAUGGCCCAACGCUGACUUGGUUUGUGUGGAGAACGCCACCUACCACUGCAAAAAGGACAACUGUCCCAACCUCCCCAACUCUGGUCAGGAAGAUUACGAUAAGGACGGCAUUGGAGAUGCUUGUGACAAUGAUGAUGACAAUGAUGGCAUUCCUGAUGACAGGGACAACUGUCCAUUCGUGUACAACCCCAGGCAGUAUGACUACGACCGUGAUGAUGUGGGUGAUCGCUGUGACAACUGUCCCUACAAUAGCAACCCAGACCAAACAGACACAGACAACAAUGGAGAGGGCGAUGCCUGCGCUGUGGACAUUGAUGGCGAUGGCAUACUGAAUGAGAAAGACAACUGCGACUAUGUGUACAAUGUCGACCAAAGAGACACAGAUCUGGACGGAGUGGGAGACAUGUGCGAUAACUGUCCCCUGGAACAUAAUCCUGAUCAGAUGGAUUCCGAUGAUGACCGGGUGGGAGACAAGUGUGACAGCAACCAGGACAUCGAUGAGGACGGACACCAGAACAACCUGGAUAACUGCCCAUACAUUCCCAACGCCAACCAGGCUGACCAUGACAAGGAUGGCAAGGGAGACGCCUGUGACCAUGAUGACGACAAUGACGGCAUCCCUGAUGACAAGGACAACUGCAGACUGGCCUUCAAUCCUGAUCAACUGGACUCUGAUGGUGAUGGUCGUGGAGAUGCUUGUAAAGAUGACUUUGACCAAGACAACGUGCCCGACAUCUAUGAUGUGUGCCCAGAGAACUUUGACAUUAGUGAGACAGACUUCCGCAAAUUCCAGAUGGUUCCUCUGGACCCCAAAGGCACUUCGCAGAUUGAUCCUAACUGGGUCGUCCGCCAUCAGGGUAAAGAGCUGGUUCAGACUGUCAACUGUGACCCUGGCAUUGCUGUUGGUUACCACGAGUUCAACUCAGUGGACUUCAGUGGGACUUUCUUCAUCAACACAGAGAGGGAUGAUGAUUACGCUGGCUUUGUUUUCGGCUACCAGUCCAGUUCCAGGUUCUACGUGGUGAUGUGGAAGCAGAUUACGCAGACAUACUGGUCGAAUAAACCCACCAAGGCCCAGGGCUACUCUGGCCUGUCCAUUAAAGUGGUUAACUCCACCACUGGCCCAGGAGAGCACCUCAGGAAUGCCCUCUGGCACACAGGAAAUACCCCAGGACAGGUCCGCACUCUCUGGCACGACCCAAAGAAUGUUGGAUGGAAAGACUUCACCGCUUACAGAUGGCAUCUGAUCCACAGACCGAGAACAGGACUUAUUAGAGUUGUGAUGUAUGAGGGCAAGAAGAUCAUGGCAGAUUCUGGUAAUAUCUAUGAUAAGACAUAUGCUGGCGGCAGGCUAGGUCUUUUUGUCUUCUCACAAGAGAUGGUAUACUUCUCAGACCUCAAGUACGAAUGCAGAGAUGCCUAAAUGCACGGCGCAGGAAGCUCUGAGGAAUGCACCUUUUUUUUGUAUAAAGUAUGAACUUAUGUAUUCUGAUGCAAAGUCCAGGGACCGAUUUAUCUCCGCAACUCUUUCUUCUGCGGCACGCACACUCGGACGAGGCGAAGGGCAUGUGGUCAGCCUCAGGGUAACUUGAUGCUGGUUCAGGCAGAGCACCAACCGGUUGACUGCCAGUUGAGGAUCAGAGAGCCCCUUCUCCUCCACCCUUAGCAUCCACGAGAGCAGGGAGAGCUGGAAAAAAAAAAGAAAAAUCUAGCUUUGCCAGUAGGACACAAACACCUUUCUAUCCCAGCUCUGCCUGCUUUCUUGCUCUCUGAAAGACCUCAUUCAUCUCUGUGCGGGAACGGCUCCCCAUAGACAACUAUGCACUUCCAAGCCUUUACAUCUCUCUCUCUCUCUCUGUCUAUCUCUCUCUUUCUGUCUCACCUCUUCAGCCUGUGUGCCUUUCUACCUUACUUUUUGGAUGGACAUCCCAAAGAAAAAAAAACUGACAAAAUAUUCCCUUUGCUUUACCAGAUCUGCCAGGAUGUAGAUUCUGAAUGAUACAACAUUUGAGGACUCAGAGGAUGAAGACAGCAAUAACAUUUUUUAGGGAUUUUGGUUGUUGAGGACUUGAGAAAACUGUUGGGAGAACAGCGAGUUAGAAAAAAGGGGAACAUGACUUUGUGGAUGUUUGCGGUCACGCAUGUACUGUAUGUGGAAGACUGGAACAAGAAAGUGCUUUUACCUAUCUACCUAAGAAUCUCUGUAGAGAAGAGAAAUACAAAAUCAAAUUUAGGUUAGCUAUCUUCUGAAUUUACAUGUAUUGGUUUUUAUUGAUGCUGUCUGGUUAAUUUAACAACUCUCAGGGUGAGAUGGAAGUGAAGACCUUCCCAUAUCAAACCAGUAAGAAAAAUAUAAGGAUUACAAUUCACAGAAAUUUCGAGAGCCAGUGUUCCCUCCGAAAUACUUCCCAUUUUACAUCACGGUCAUUGAAGAGAUGUAUCUCCCUCAGUUUUUGAGGAUUUCAAUUUGAAAUUAUGUAAAUACAUGUAAUAUAUUGACUCUUGCCUACAAUGUAGGCAGCAAAGAAAAUUUAAAUGCUUUGAAAAAGUUAAAAGAAAUCCAUCCAAUAUCACAGGGAUUCAAAAAUCAGGUACAGCCAGGUUUCAGUGUCUAUCAUCCCCCACUGUACAAAGUGAAUUAGGUAUUCUUCAGAUAGGGCUAUUUAGCAUGAAGUGUAUGUGACUUGUGUGCCUUUUCUUCAGAGAGAGAUGAAAAACAAAGGAAAUCUUUGAUGUACAAAUAUUACCUCAUUGCUGUUGUAUAAUUUGAUCGAACAAAAACACAACCUGAGUACUUUUUCAUAUUCCUUUACAACGAUGGACAUCUUAGUGCCACUGUAGCAUGAGCUGUAAAUAAUACGACAAUUCAUAUCUAAAAACACAAUGAGCUCCCAAUCCCGUGAUCUACCCCAGUGAAAAUAACAGUAAAAUGGGAGAUUUCUUUUUUUUUUAUAUAAAUAAUUUUGCUCUAUCACGUAUGUCCAAUGCUGUUUUUAGCAGAUAAAUUAUUGUUUUGUCUUAGCUGUUUGUGAGAGGUUGAUUUGUGUGUGUGUGCGUGUGUGUAGAUAAAUGCUAUUUAAAUAAUUUAUCAGGAUCUGUCGCCUUACCAAAGGCCACACGUCCAUCUGUAUAAACGGUUUGCACACUGACGUGAGGAUGUUCUGUUCUUUAUCGUUUUUACCUUCUUUGUUAUUGUGUAUCGAUGUUACCAUUAUUUUUGUACAAUUAGUUUUGCUUGUCUGUAAACAUUUUCUUAGUUGUACAAAGCGAAAAUGCUGUUUUUAUUCAUAGCGAUUAUUUUGUUACAUACUUCAAGACAAUAAAUAGUUGUUAAAAUUCUCAA